AGCUAACUCAAUUUCCCAAAUCAUGGCAUUUAGAGUGACCAAAGUUCUUUUCGACAAAAACGCGCAGCUUCGAAAGUGGUGUUAUGAGCUGGCCGGUUUCCAUAAAUACGGUUUACUUCGCGACGACUGUUUGUAUGAGAAUGAAGAUGUCCAGGAGGCGUUACGUCGUCUCCCACCUCAUGUGGUGGACGAGAGGAACUUCAGGCUGGUCAGGGCUAUCCAGCUAUCUGGUGCCAAGGUACUGAUGCCGAAGGAUCAAUGGACCAAGUUUGAGGAGGACAAGUUAUACCUGUCUCCAAUUGUGGAGCAGGUGGUAAAGGAACGGUUGGAACGGGAAAAAUGGGAGAGCGAAUAUUGA